UUUAACUAACUAACUGGCUAUGGUAUCGCAGUAAAAUAAGUUGAAGUUUGUGUAGAACAAAAGACUGUAAUUCCAAAAUAAGAAUUGCUUGUAUAUAGCACAUAGUGAUUUGCAUCAAACCCUCAUUGCGAUGGGGACACAAAGCAGUGAGGACAAAAACACUACGCUUGAGCUAUCGACCAACAGCAGCAAUGAUAGUACAGCAAGCGUUAAUUCGAAGGAGCUGCGUCAGCAAGAUGAGAGCACGUUGUUCGUCAAGAAAAUCGGCAGUGCUCUGUUCUAUGGAAUGGCCUCGUUUAUGAUAACCGUUGUGAACAAGACUGUUCUUACGUCGUAUCUGUUUCCUUCGUUUCUGUUCCUCAGCCUGGGUCAGUUGUCGGCCAGUAUUGUAGUGCUUGGACUCGGUAAACGGCUGCGUUUGGUAACGUAUCCACCAUUAAAGCGAAAUACAUUUAUGAAAAUUUUUCCACUACCACUGAUUUUCCUCGGAAACAUGAUGUUUGGGUUAGGUGGCACAAAAGAACUAAGUUUACCAAUGUUUGCUGCAUUGCGUCGCUUUUCAAUAUUAAUGACGAUGUUACUGGAAUUGAAAAUACUCGGUGUCCGACCUUCAUUUGCAGUGCAAGUCAGUGUAUACGCUAUGAUUGGUGGUGCAUUACUAGCAGCUUCUGAUGAUCUUUCAUUUAAUAUGAAAGGCUACACUUUCGUAAUGAUAACUAAUGCGCUGACUGCCUCGAAUGGGGUGUAUGUAAAAAAGAAGCUCGAUACUUCAGAAAUCGGCAAAUAUGGACUGAUGUUCUAUAAUUCACUUUUUAUGUUCACACCAGCACUAAUUGUUACUUAUCUCACUGGCGACCUUGAAAAAUCGCUCGCCUUCAACCAGUGGAGAAAUCCCUAUUUUGUUAUACAAUUUCUAAUGAGUUGCUUCAUGGGCUUCAUAUUAUCAUAUAGCACAAUACUUUGCACGCAAUACAAUUCUGCUCUUACAACAACAAUUGUCGGCUGUUUAAAGAAUAUCUGUGUAACAUAUUUGGGUAUGUUCAUUGGCGGUGACUACAUCUUCUCGUGGCUUAAUUGUAUCGGAAUUAAUAUCAGUGUGUUUGCAAGUUUACUUUACACAUACAUAACAUUCAGACGGAAGCAAGCACCUGAUAAGGAACUGUUGAUACCAACAACCAGAGGAAUAGCGGUGUAGUACAUUAAAAAUGUACUUGUAGAUAAUAAUAGUAGCGUAUUCUGCGAUAAUAUUAAUGAUUGAAUCUUAACGAAAAACGAAACGGGCAAUAUGACGCAAAAUUUAGAAGAAGCUAGCGGAUAUUUAGAGCUAAAUAAAAUAGGUUAUAUAAUAAUAUUAAGACACGGCAUUGAAAAUAUGCUUACAUUGAUAAUUGUAUGUACUUGUAAACAUGUAUGUAACUGUAUAUUGAAUGUAGUUUUUAAAAAAUUACCAAAGCCAUAGUUAUACAAUUGUAUGUGUAACAUUGAAUUUUAUGUUCCCAUUUCGGGUAGGGGAAGCAAUUUAUUUCUAAAUAAGUAGUGGGUGUUUAAAAUAAGUGCAUGCAACAAAAGUGUCAUAGUCACUAGCUCACCAACGAGCAACGUAUGUAACUUUGCUAUUGAUAUAAGAAACAAAAACGUAAUAGUAUUAUAAAAAAAAUGAUUUAGUUUUGUAAAACUUUGAAAAUUCUAUUGUGAUUUUGUAUAUUUCUCAAAAAAAAAG